AUGUGGACCUGGCUCACCCAUGAGUCGAAUGCGCAACGCAAGUUCAUCGAGCUUAUCUUCGAUCGAACCGGGAAGUAUCCCAACUGGGACCCACCCUCAGAGAUUCCACAGGUUGGGUCAUACGGAUUAAUCGACAAAGAUACGGGCAAUUUUUUCCCCAAAGGUUCCAUCUACUCCAACGAAUUCCAGCCGCUUCUCCUCCGUGCAGGUAUCGACCCCAAGUCUGACGAGCAUUAUCCCAAAGACUGUCCGGAAGAGUCUGAAUUCACUACUUGGUCGAAAAACGUCAAAAGAAUCGAAUUGAAGGUCGAAUCGCACGCAGGUGUGCCUGGGAUUGCCGAAGCUAGUAUCAAAGGAACGUGGCAGGUCAAAAAAGGAACUACUGGCGCUGUCUUGCUCAUGAAUAAACCUCGCAUAAAAAACAUUACUUCAGACGUCCUUGGAAAGCUCUCGAACAUUGAGCUCCUUCAGUCAAUGCAUCUUGUUACCAAGGUCUUUUAUUGUCCUGCCUUCUCCAUGUAUCUCUCAGAUAAAAGCGGAGAAAAUAUCAGCAUUGCUCUUCUAGCUUCCGCCCCAGUUGUAGCGCCCGUUGGCACUGCCGGUGCGAUGGCUGAGAUGAAAUGGUGGAGUGACUCACAAGCUGGAUUGGCACGCAACGGAUGCAAGACGGAGCAUUGUUUCACUCCUUUGUAUGAACUGCGGCAUGUCAGGCAUCGCCGCAAUAGGCGGGCGACACCAUCCCCUGAACGCACAGGCGAACAAUUAUGGGUUUCCCCUCCUCUCCCGUGGGCGCCUCUCGAUGAGGAUGGUCAAGAGGUGCCGGUGUACAUCAACGCGAGUAUCAUGUCUUACUAG